UACGAAGGGGUAUUCACAAGACAGCCGGCAAUACUACUUCGCAUGGAGCCCGAGGAAGCCAAGGAGUUCGUCGACGCGUACCUCCAGGAGCCGUACUGGGAGCGAAGAUGGAAGGAUGCCAACGACGAGUCGACUACAUUCACGCCGGGCCGACGCUUCCACAAGACGGAGGACGGACUCUUGUUCUUUCUGGACGCUGACUUCUUACCUCGCCUAUGCGUACCGGACAAGCUGGUCCCACAAAUACUAAGGGCGGCGCACGAAGAACCGAUGGAGUGUGCACACGGC